UCAUUUAUUCGAUUAGUUACUAUCAGAGUGCAGGCCGCGAUGGAUUUCAAUAAUAAAGUUGUUAUUAUAACCGGUGCCAGUUCUGGGAUUGGUGCAGCUGCAGCAUUGUUAUUUGCAAGUCAGUCCGCAAAAGUUGUUCUCGUUGGUCGAAAUGAAGCAGCCUUGAAAGAUGUUGCAGAUAAAUGUAUGAAAUCUAAAGGAAUCAAACCAUUGGUAGUCAAAGCUGAACUGAGUAAGGAUGACGAUGUGAAGAACAUAAUUACUCAAACAAUAAAUGUUUAUGGACGUAUUGACGUGCUGGUGAACAACGCAGGAGUUGGAGUACAGGGUUCGAUACGUGAUGGUAUUGAACCUUACGAUCGUGUCAUGGGAAUAAAUGUUCGACCUGUUUACUAUUUGAUUAGCCUUGCUACUCCUUAUCUCGUAAAAACUAAAGGGAAUAUAGUGAAUGUUUCAAGUGUGGCUGCAUUUAAACCUAUAAAAGAUAUGAAUUUUUUACCGUACUGCACAUCCAAAGCUGCCUUGGAUCAAAUUACAAGAUGUGUUGCCGCGGAACUCGCUCGAGAUGGUGUCAGAGUGAAUUCAGUCAAUCCUGGAGCAACCAAGACACCAUUCGUGCAAGCUGCUGGUUUGACAAAAGAACAAAUGGAUGACCUGUAUAAAGUUCGUGAAAAGACUCUCCCUCUUGGUAAAAUGGCGGAAAGUGAAGAUGUUGCCGAUUUGAUUUUUUACCUUGCUAGCGAUCGAGCAAGGAGUAUCACAGGUUCUAUUUUCGUCAUUGAUAAUGGAGAAAUUUUACAGUGAAAAUCUUAUUAUUACUUGAAUUUCAUUUAUUACAAAAAUAUGUGUAUCAAAUUUUGUAAUAGAAAGUAUAAUUAUGUUUAAAAUUAUAAAUUGUCUUUCAUAGUAUGAAAAUUAUUUUGAAAAAAGACAUUUAUAUUUUGAAAAUAGACUAGGUAUAAUAGCGCUUAAUACAAUAUGAAUUUACGGUAUAUUAAAAAUAUAACCCAUUCCUUAAAAGUGGUAUUAGUAUUCAUUAAUAGAGACUCAAAAAAAUAUUGUAAUCCUAAAAAAAUAAUAUUAUCAAGAGUUAAAAGUAAAAAUGACACUACAUAAUAAUAAAUAUGUAAAAUAUCUUGCUACAAAAUAUGUUUUUCAAGAAAAAAAAAAAUGAUAUCCUAUAAAUGAAUACCAACAUUACUUUUAAAGAAUAGGGUAAUUAAUUUAUUUUGUUUAAGUCAAUGUUAUUUAUUUAUAAGUGUAAUAAUUUAAUUUUAGAGUUUAUAUUUGAUACAAAUUAUUACUAUAUAUGCAAUAAUGCAAUAGGGUAAUUUAAAUAGAAUACUGUAUAUAAUUAUUAUAGUAAAAUGUAUGAUAACCUAAUUAAUGUAUGUAAGUAUAAUCAUAAAUAAAAAGUGUCUAUAUAAUUACUCUCAUACUAUCACGAAACCAUUUUAAACAAUAAAUAUAUCAUUCUAAGAUAACAUUAGAUAAAAAUAUAUAUACAGAUAAAGUUGCAUUUAUAUGGACAAGAAAAUAUACAACAAAUGGAGCAUGUUAACAAUUAUAAUACAAUAAUUCCAACUUCUGUCCAGCUAUAUAUAAAUUUAGCGUACCUAAUAGACUUAUAAAAAGAACAAGAACAUACGAGUAUAAAGGCUUUACAUGCUAACAUAAACAGGUCAGUUAGCUUUACUAAUACAGUUCGUGUUCUCUGAGCCAUUAGUUUUCAUUUCCCUUGUAGUGAAUAGUGAACAGUGCAAAGCAAAACUUAUGGCAGACGCAAAUGAGAAAUAGGUAGGUACUAUACUAUGUUUAAGCAAUAUUAUGUGAGGUAUUAAAAAUAAGAUUAUGGGUUAUCUAAAAUAUAAACUAAUAAUAAAAUUGUAAUUAGAUGGUAUCGGUACAUGGAAAGUAAUUGGAAUAAUUGAUAUGAUAAAUAAAAAAUAAAAACAGAAACCAAA